AUGCAACUCCUCACUCUUCUGAGCGCCCUGGCAUUUGUGCCAUCUGUGCUCUCGGCUUCAAUUCCAGGACCCUCUGGAGGGCUGAACCUGGUGGCUCGCGAUGGUGAUCGAGGCCACUACACUGUUUCUGGUCUUGGAGCUCGCAAGCAGGCUAUUCUGAAUGCUGGUGGUAACACCCAGGAUUUGGCGAUUGCGAUGCUAGAGACUAAUACUAUGACCACCGACUACACAUACGGUGACGGCAAGGCUGGUGAUGCUACCAACUUCGGCAUCUUCAAGCAGAACUGGCUUAUUUUGCGAACCUCUGCAUCCAAGUUCAAGGGCCAAACCGAGGCUCAGGUAUCCAAUGGUGCCAUUCUUAACUCUGAUCUGAAAAAAGACAUCAAAGCACGGCACGACGGCCAGAAGCAUUACGGAUACGACGUCUGGUUUGCCGGACACCGUAAUGGAGCGUCUGGACUUCAGAACCCUUACACCGACGAUAUCAAAGCCUACAAGGAUGCAGUUGCAUGGAUCAAGCAGCAGAUCGAGAGCAAUGCCAGUUAUAAAACUGAUGAUACUCGCUUCUGGGUGCAAGUCCACGCAAUCUAA